AUGGCAGGGAAUGUGAAAAGAUUCUCACGGAUGCUGCUGGAGUGCAAUACCAAUGACAAGCUAUGUGUUGUGCGUGAAUAUCAAACGGAAGUGAUCGUUGUCCCAGCUCUCCUGGUGGGAAUUUUUGUCAUUGUGCUCACUGUGAUCCUUUGGCUCCACUGCCGCAGCCUGCGAGCAAAGCAGGAGCAAUCAGCAUCAGAUGGAACCCAAGGUAAAAAAAAUAAUCAGCAGGAACCCAGCUCAACAGAGAACCACUGCAUCCAGCUGAGUGAGAGGUCUGUGGAGAGCCUGCUAAAUUCUGCAUCCUUGACUCUCAAAGAAUUAGAGAUACCACGAGAGAAACUCUUAUCAGACACCUUGGAGCUGAUAAAACUUGGUGCCUAUGGGAGCAUCUACAGAGCACAGUUGGAAACUGGGAUCUCUGGGAAGACUAAGACUGUGGUAUUGAAAGCCUUGCAAGACCCGGUUAGUCCCCAGAAAGUAAAGGACUUCUUGGGAAGGAUUAAAUUCCAUCAAAAUCUUGGCCAUCAUGAGAACCUGGUUAAAUUAGUUGGAUGUUGUGUAGACCAGCUCCCACUUUAUAUGAUCAUGGAAGAUGUGUCUCUUGGUGACCUGCUGACAUUUCUGUGGACAUGUCGGAAGGAUGUAAUGGCAAUGGAUGGUGUCCCCUAUGACCUCACUGAGAGGCAGAUAUAUGAGGUUGGACAGCAGGUUGCAGCAGCUCUGGUUUAUCUUGAAGAAAAGAACUUGUUCCAUGGUGACAUUGCUGCCAGGAAUGUCCUCCUUCAUCACAACUUCACAGCUAAACUCUGUGGUUUGGGCCUGGCCUACGAAGCUCACACACAUGGUGCCAGCUCAGUCACAUGGAAAGUGCCCAUCAAGUGGCAGGCACCAGAGAGGCUCCUAAGCAAACCCCCUACCAUCAAGGCAGACAUUUGGUCUUUUGGAAUUCUACUGUAUGAAAUGAUUACAUUAGGUGCUCCACCGUAUCCUGAGGUGCCACCAUCUGACAUCUUAUCAUACCUGCAGAAACAGAACAUUAUGAAGCAGCCCUCAAGUUGCCAGCAAGCCAUGUAUUGCAUCAUGAGGUCCUGCUGGCAGUGGAGUGCAGCUCACCGUCCUUCUCCAGCACAUCUCUUGUGCUCCCUGAAAACAGCUAUGAAGACCAGCAAUGGGCACACAGUGCUGCAGGUUCCUGAGCCAGUGGUGCCUGAACUCUAUGCUGAUGUUGCUGGUGUUGAUUUGCACAGCCUGGUGAGGGAAUACACGAUCCUCUGA